UGUUAUAUUAACUGCAGUUUCUGUUUCCACAAAUUAAUCAAGAAUAAUGCAAAAAAAACAUGGUUAAUUUUCAUAAGAGAAUGUUUUUUAUAUUGUUACGACGUGCAUAAAAAAAUUGAAAGGUGUUUGUAUCAGCCUGCGUUUAUUCAGUGACGAAUCGCUGAUCUUGGUGGGCGGAGACAUUUGAAAAGCGCCCGACAUAAAUUGUAGAGCGCGCCGCAUUCUGCUCAAUACUAUCAACACCAUGUACUUGACUGUGGCCAUAAAGGGUGAGUACGGCCAAAAACUACACGCACAAAUUAAUUGAAUCAACAACAGUUUGGUAGAAUGAAUAUUUAAGUGCGCGUAAAGACAUGGGAAACACCGAAGUUGUGAAGUCGCUGGAUAUGAUGGGAGACAGUAAUCAGAGCGGUGUAAUAAACAGAUCAAUCAGUGACCGCGAGCGCUUCAAAAGUCUGGAGGACAUCGACGUGUCCGCCGACGGGAGUCCGGUGUUGAGGUGCUUGAUCUCCAUCACCUACUCUGUGGUGUGCGUCGUGGGUCUGGUUGGAAAUCUGUUGGUGUUCUUCUUCAUUCGCGUCAGGCAAGAAAGACGCAUAUCCAAGAUAAACUUCUUCAUCCUCAAUUUGGCGGUGACGGAUUUCCAGUUUGUGUUGACUUUGCCUUUCUGGGCAGUGGACACGGCGCUGGACUUUAGCUGGCCGUUUGGAGACGCCAUGUGCAAGAUAAUCCUGUCGGUGACCGUGAUGAACAUGUACGCGAGCGUCUUCUUCCUGACGGCGAUGAGUAUUACGCGCUACUGGUCAGUGGCUUCGGCUCUGAAGGACCGCAGCAGGCAGACCGGCUGCUCGAUACGGUGGGUCAGUGUGAUUCUCUGGGCUCUGGCCACCGUGGCCACCGCGCCAACAUCCAUUUUCUCCACAGUCACUAACGUGGCCGGUGAAAAACUUUGUUUACUGCGCUUUCCCGACGGACAGUACUGGCUGGCGAUCUAUCAUGUCCAGAAAAUCCUCAUCGCGUUUGUUUUGCCCAUGGCGAUCGUGUCUGUCAGUUACCUGCUGCUGCUGAGGCUCAUCCGGCAGCGGAGCAUGAAGAACAGCUCGAAACGGCGCACGCAAGUCACCAAAUCCGUCACCAUAGUGGUCCUGUCUUUCUUCCUCUGCUGGAUGCCCAAUCAUGCCAUCACAUUUUGGGGCGUGCUGGUGAAAUUCAACGCGGUGUACUGGGAUAAGUCGUACUAUAUCGUUCACACCUACGUGUUCCCGGUGACCGUGUGCCUUGCGCACGCAAACAGCUGUUUGAACCCACUUAUCUACUGUCUGAUGCGCAAAGAGUUCAGGAAAAAAAUUAAGAACCUUUUUAUUCGAGUCUGAGAAACGUGUUUCUUGUCCUGUGUUCUUUCCGUGAUUAAUGGGUUAUUUUACUCAGAAUGUUAUUUACUUCUCCUCAAGCUUUAUUUCUUCAGUUGAGCUCUGAAGAUGUGUUUACAUAUUUGUGGAAAUCAUGGGUUCCUGGUGAACUGCACUUUAACAAUAUACACUUGGUGUAUAUCAGUUGUAUGUGUGAUUGUUUUUGUACAGUGUACAGUUCUUGUGAAACAGUUUUUGUAAAACAUUCAAACAGAAAAAUUGCUAAUAUAAAAUAGUAUCUUUUGCGUGAAAAGUGCAGCUAAAUUAAAUUCAGCGGCAUUACAUUUUUUAUUUUCUGUGAACAAAACUGAUAUGCUUAUCAUUCCUCUUGUGGGAAAGUUGUAAACCUAAUACAGUAUUGUACACUUGAUCCCAAUUUCUGGGACAAUUGUGUGUAUCUUGAUCUUUGGGGGUGUUAAAUUAAAUUAAAACCUGAUUUUAAUAAACACACAGAUACUGUUUAAGAAGCCAGAAACUGUUUUUGUAGGAUGGAUUUGAACAGCAAGUAGGGUACAUACCUUCUUAAAUAAUAUAAUUAAAUGAACUUCUUCCAUCAGUCAAAUUUCAUUGUGAAUAUUUUGGCGUCUGCUGCUGGGAAAUACAUGGAUUUUUGAAAAUCUGACACUUGUAUUGAAAACAACAUACAUCAUUUUCAAGGCCAUGGUGUUCAUAAAUGUCAGAUGAAGGCAAGAUGAAUUUUUGGGGAUAAAGUUUGAUAUCAGCAGGUUCAUUAUCUUGCAGACUAAAUUCAGUAGAAAAGCUAAUAUGCGGUUUGGUGGCAAGGCUAAUUAUGACAAGUCUGAGAAAACUUUGUUUAGUUUUAUAAUAUACAGUUGAAGUCAGAAUUAUU